AGGGUGGAACUUCAGAGAUAUAGACUGUAUAGUUUCAGAGAAAAGAGUGUAGAGUAUAUGGGAUAACAUCUAUUCCAACCCUUCAAAUUCCCCUCUUUCUCUACCAGUUUUCAACAAAAUUCACAACUUUCUCUUUCGAAUCCGGUGAAAAGCGACCCUUUUGUGUGUAAGAUAGUUCUUUUGCUGAAUCAAUAGAGACUGGGUGUGCGACUGCAUCUGCAACUGAUCAUCAAUGCCACCUUUGAAAGCAGGAAGCAGACCACCAUGGGUGGGUCUUGGGGCUGCAGUUUGGGUUGAGAUAGCUGCAGGAAACGGCUAUAACUUCCCCCUUUAUUCCCCUUCUCUGAAAUCAGUUAUGGGUUACAAUCAGCAGCAGCUGACAAUGCUUGGAGUGGCAAAUGAUAUAGGGGAAAACGUGGGUAUUCUUCCUGGUAUUGCCUCCAACAAGUUGCCUCCUUGGGCUGUUCUUGCAAUUGGUGCUUGUGCUUGUUUCUUGGGGUAUGGUGUUCUCUGGCUUGCUGUUAGCCAGACUGUUCAGAAUCUGCCUUACAUAGUGUUAUGGCUCGCGCUUGUUGUUGCCACUCAUAGUUGUGCAUGGCUAGGCACCGCUGUGCUUGUAACCAACAUGAGGAACUUCCCACUCAGUAGAGGCACUGUUGCUGGCAUUCUUAAAGGUUAUAUUGGGCUCAGUGCUGCAGUAUACACAGAGAUCUAUAAUUCUGUGCUUCAAGAAUCUGCUUCAAAGCUAUUGCUGUUCCUCACACUUGGACUUCCUGUUAUAUGUUUCGCUCUGAUGUAUUUUAUUCGGGCUUGCACUCCUGCUUCUGGAGAAGACUCUUCAGAGCAUGGCCAUUUCCUUUUCACCCAAGCUGCAAGUGUUUGUCUUGGCAUCUAUCUUCUUGCAACCACGGUUGUAGAUGACUUGUUUAACCCAAGUGAUGCACUUUCUAACACGUUCACUGGUAUAAUGGUUAUUUUUCUGUUGUGUCCUCUUGCAAUUCCUCUGAAAAUGACACUUUUCCCUUCAAAUUCCAAGAAAAAUCUUCCUCCAGUUGGUUCUUCAGAUAGUUUAGUGCAGGGAGAAGGGAAUUCAAACCAGACAGAGCCUUUGUUGACACCAUCCUCAUCAGCAACUUGUCUUGGAAGUUUUCAUGAGGGUGAGUAUGCUUCAGAUAUAGACAUGCUUCUGGCUGUGGGCGAGGGAGCAAUCAAGAAGAAAAGGAAACCUAAGAGAGGGGAGGACUUCAAGUUUCGUGAAGCUUUUAUUAAAGCUGAUUUCUGGCUUCUGUGGUUGGUUUACUUUCUUGGGGUCGGUUCUGGAGUAACUGUUCUCAAUAACUUGGCACAGAUAGGGGUUGCAUUUGGUGUGAAAGACACAACAAUAUUAUUGUCUCUCUUCAGUUUUUGCAAUUUCCUGGGUCGACUCUUUGGUGGUGUGGUUUCUGAAUACUUUGUCAGGACAAGAACACUUCCUCGGACAAUUUGGAUGACAUUCUCACAAGUGAUCAUGGUUGUAACAUUCCUUCUUUAUGCAUCAGCUCUCAGUGGUACCCUUUACGCUUCAACUGCUUUGCUUGGAAUCUGUUACGGGGUUCAGUUUUCCAUAAUGGUUCCAUGUGCCUCCGAGCUCUUCGGUUUGAAACAUUUUGGUGUAAUUUACAACUUCAUGCUGCUAGGCAAUCCUAUAGGUGCACUACUCUUCUCAGGUCUGCUUGCUGGUUAUGUCUACGACUUUGAAGCUGCCAAGCAGCAAUCAUCAACCUGUCUGGGUGGAACUUGCUUUCGGCUUACAUUCCUGGUUCUAGCUGGUGCCUGUGGGCUGGGCACCAUCUUGAGCAUAAUUCUUACAAUUAGAAUAAAACCGGUUUACCAAAUGCUCUAUGCUGGGGGUUCUUUUCGUCUUCCUUCAAGUUCCAACCAGUCAUAAUCUGAGUUUUGAGUCUUUGAGAGGUUCCUUUAUUAAUAUCUACCCUAUUAGAGCCUCAUGGUUUAAUAAAAUUUUCAGCUACAGGGAGACUCAUCUCUUGUAAUCACCAUGUAUCGGUACUGAGCUCCAAAUCUUCCAUGUGUUUGUUGUAACUUGAAUAAUUAAUGAUCAAAGUAAUGCAUGAUCAAAUAUGUUUUUUUUCUUUGAGAGAUAUAGUUGUUUACUUUUGUAUCGACAGAAUCAAAACUUGUGAUUGUGUAUUAAUCAAGAGAAUUACCUA